GUUGCAUCAUUAUGAGUCGUCUUUGAUAUCAGUAUCUGUUUACAUAAAGUUACAUCGCAUUUAUUUUAACUCACUAAUACCCAUUUAUACAGUUUAGCGGUAGGUUUGUUGCACUGCUAACUUUUGGGGUGUGUGGGUUUGUAGUGUCGGUUAUUAUGUUAAGCCCAUAUGCCUUAUUCUAGCUUUCGUACAGCCCAUUCUGUUCAUUCUACUUGAGUCAUAUUUUAACACUGUUAAUUAUUCGCUUAUCAAUCUUGGCUGUUUUUAUAUGAGCGCAUAUGUGUGUGCACUUCUUAUCGGAUUACUCAUCACAUGUCUGUAACUUAUUUCUGUGUAACUAUAAAUAUUGAUCAGCGCUUGACUAAAGGGAGUUGGCUUACUCACCAUUUUCACCGCCUAUCGUUUCGCUCCUCUUUAUUCUAUUCGCUUCAUAUACAAAGUAUAUGUAUUCGAAAGUCCUUUCUCGUUAUUUGACUUAUCUGAUUCCGCUAUUGACGAACGCGAUUUUAGUCGAUGAUUAUAUACGAGGGUAGGUGAUAACAAACAUUAAUACGAUCUAACUGAAGUCAGAUCCACGGGACACUAAAGUGGAGAGCUCGUCAACAAACAUCGUCCGGUCUAAAUGACGACAAAAUAACGGGCCCCACAAAAGGUUGUUGGCAAAUAAUUUUUCCAUUCGUAAUCGAAUGCCUUACGUUUUUAGAUCGAAAUUAAAAAUUGUGAUCACUGUCUUAGACCGUACUGUUUUUACCCCCAUUGAGUACUAAACACUGACAACAUUUUUCUAGACUGUCGUAGAAUAAUACAUUAGUAGGAAAACAUGCUAAAAGAUGUUUAACGUGUGUGAGUAAAAGGUCUUCGACGUUCAGUAAUUUUCAUCUUCAAGCUUGAUUAACUCCUAAGAUUUGCACAUUCCCAACCUCACUAUCUUGGGAAAAUCUUGGGGUUUUCCUCAAAGUCGUAAGGGAUAUGGUAGUUCUCCCCAAAGUUUAAAAAGAUUUUGGGAAAAUAUAAGACUGGCGAAAUAUUAGGGAAAACCCAAACGUUUCGGAGAUUUCCCCAAAACGGGAGACUCCAGAGUUUUCUGUAAUAAUCUCCCCAAGAUUUACCUAAAUAGAAAAUUUCCCAUAAAAUAGGGAGAUUGGGUUAAAACCGUCCUGGUAGUUUAAAUAUUAAUCAAGCACUCACUCAUGAGUGCUGGGGAAAAAACCCGAGAUUGCGAAAAGUUUUGGGGUUUUAUCAAUUAGUUUUGACAGAUUUCCCCUAAAGUGUUAUGAGAAUCUGGGGAAAUUUUUUUGGUAAUUUCUCGAGAUCUGGGGAAAUGUUUUUGAGUUUUUAUGCCAUUUCCUCAAAAUUCUCCAUAACUGCUUCCUCAAAGCAGACAAAAUUUUCCGCCAAAUAGAGAGAUCAGGGUACAGAGCGUCUGUUUGUAUCUACUUGUCAGCCAGAUUUACAACAGCAUGAUCAAUCUGCUGAGAACCAGGUGAACCCAAUAAAAAGUCAGCCAAGCUUUCUUUGUAAGCCCGUCAUUGGAAUUCUCAUCUUGUUCAUCCUGUAUAACAAUCUACUUAUUCAAUACAAAUAAAUUUAGGGCGAGACUAUAAUUUGUGGACAUGCUCAAAGUCAACUUACCGUCGCUCAAAAGUCAUCCAUAAAUUAUAGUCUCACCGAAUUCAGUUUUCUUAACCUCUUGGUUAUGGCUUAUUAUCUUUAGAAAACUGACGGGGUUAUAGGUUGUGUAUAUGUAUAUCAAGACUUAACAGUGGUAGAAGCUGCAUUUUAAUCGAAAACUUCUUUUAAAUAUUCUAAGUUCCCAUUUUAGAUUCUUAUCGAGUCGUCUGUCUUCUAUCACCUGCUGACACUCUUGAAGAGUGACCAAUCUCCGCUACAAUGCCUAGUAUACUUUAUUGUGUUUUCUGGUUUUACUUCCUUGCGGUCACCUGGUUCUUCUGGAGUUCGGUAGUGUCGGCAUGUUUCAAAGUCCAGAUUAUCCAACACUUGUAUAUUUCUAUGUUGGAUAGACUGUUUUCCUACGCCGCCUCAGCUGUCACAGUAAAAGACGACAUUAAAAGAAUAAGGAGUGUUGACAGUUUUGAAAACCUUGAUACGUAUGAUGAUGAUUUGAUUGAAAGGGACAUUCAACUAACUGAAGGAGGUGUAAAGGUUAAAAAUCAUCUUGUUCCAGAUCAAAAAGGAUUCAGAUUAUACUACCCAACCUACUUAGUUAAAUGUGGGAUAGAGGCUAUUAUAGAAGAUUCUGUCACCAAGAGAUUCACAGCUGCGGAGUUAAGAGUAUGGAAUUUCUUGAGUCGCAACCAGAGUUAUGUAUAUGCCAAGAGAGAUAACCAUACCACCCUAAUGAUGCUAUGGCUUGUGGGCCUCAUUGUUCGUUAUGUAAUAUUCCUGCCGUGCAGACUUGUUGUUUUCCUCUCUUCAGUUUUCUUCACAUGGAUUUUAGGCGCUGUGGCUCGGAAGCUUCCCCCUUCACGGUUUAAAAACUGGUUAUCCACCGAAGGAAUCCAGGCAGCCGUACGGCUUAAUUUGUGUUCAUUCUCUGCUGUUAUUCGUUUCCACAACAGAGAAAACCGCCCUAAAGCAAAUACAAUUUGUGUCGCCAACCACACGACACCGUUUGAUUGGUGCAUUUUGGCCUCAGACGUUACCUACGCUGUUGUUGGGCAAAAGCAUGGAGGAUUUUUUGGGUUUGCUGAACGGGUAAUCUCGUGUGCUGUGCCUGCCGUUUGGUUUGAUCGUGAGGAAGUUUUAGAUCGUCUUUCUACAGCUAAAAGGUUAAAAGACCACGCAGCUACACCGAAUGCUGAACCUAUUCUAAUUUUUCCAGAAGGUACUUGUAUCAAUAAUACAUCAGUCAUGAAAUUCAAGAAAGGUUGUUUUGAAGUGGGCGCUGAAAUUCAUCCUGUUGCAAUCAGAUACAAUCCAUUAUUUGCUGACUGUUUUUGGAACAGCAGUCUAGAUAGUUUAUUCCAGUACAGUUUAAAAAUAAUGACAUCAUGGGCUAUUAUGGUAGAUGUUUGGUAUUUACCACCCACUAGAAAAUCAGAUCAAGAAGAUUCAAUUGCAUUUGCAAGACGUGUACAGUAUAGUAUUGCACAAUGCGGUGGUAUGAUUGGAAUGGAUUGGGAUGGUGAAUUAAAACGAAACAGACCAAAAGACACAUUGAAACAUGCACAACAAAAAUAUGUUAGUCAAUAUGUCAUACCUGCUGACUCACAAUCAUCCUCUACAUAAAAAAAAACUGAUCUAUCCUGUAUACACACCCACCCAUACACAUGAAAUUUUUCUACUACAACUUUGAUCUUGCAUUCUCUAUUGAAACCUACCAAAUUGUUUAUUUUUGAAUUGAUAUUUUACAUUUGAAUUUGUAGUUAUCUUACAAUUUAAUUUCUCCUUAGUUUACACACAUUCCUCUGUUUUAUAUUAUUAUUAUUAUUAUCCAAAGAGAAUUCAUCCAGAGCAAGUGAAAUCACGCUUUUCUAUUUUGCAACAAUUCAUUGUUCUUUUCUUGUUUUUCUGUGUUUGAGAUAAAAACUUUUGUAAUCCUCUUACUUUUGUAUUUGUUAUUGACAAGCUGUUUCGAUUAUUAUUAUUACCAAAUUUAUAGACUCCAAUUACCGCUGCACCUCUAUAUAUAUACUAGUCUGUUUAUUUGCCCUUUGAUAUCUCUAUCAAUUAGUCAGCCAACCUCUCUGUCUUCUAAUCAUUUUUACAUUAAUGUGAAAAUCUUGUUGAUUCUGCUACUACUUAUUUUCUUUCCUCAAACAAACAAGAAUUAAUAUGUUCUAUUUGUCAUUUCAAUGUAUAGAGAAAGUGAUGGAAGAGUUGAACGGUAUAAAAGGAAUUCAUAAACAUAAUGGUGUAUAUACUAUUGAUUGGUUUUAAUUUUCAUCUUAUACAUCAGACAAGUAUUGUUUUUUAGUUUUUUCCGGGGGCUGACAUUAAAACGGUUGUGGUUUUUUUCCCUUAACCCUAACGAUAAAUUUUUUGAAAAUAUAACUGUGAAUAUUAAGAAUUAGUGAUUGAUUCAAGUGUUAUAGAAAUGUUUACUCAAUAUAGUCUGGGUGCACACUUUUUCCGCCCAAAUGUUUGGAAAUGUUGUAUGAUGAAAAGAAAAUUAAUCAUAGCUAUAACCAUGUUCAAACUUGUUUCUAAACUGGUGACAUGGUGAUUUCGAUAAUUCACUGAUAUUGAAAAGGUAAUCACUACAAAAUAUUGACUUUCAUGUUCGUCUUUAGUAAUAACCGAUUAUAACAUUUUAAAAAUAUUUAUCAUUAAGUAACUGCUUUGAGUUGUACAAAGUGGAAAGCUAUGAGAAAUUGUUUAUUAAUGUGUGGGCGGGUAUAAAUGAUAAGUUUAAACUACAGAUGUUUUAAUGUUAUUCUUUUCUGGAUAUGGUUUUAUCUCAUGAACUGACAUAUUUGCUGAGAGUUUACUGAAAACCAAGAUAGCACUUCACAGAUAUUCCUUAACACUGUGCACUUUCUACUGCUCCAGAAUUAAAAGUUAAGAUAUGUUUUCACCAGUUAAUUGGAACUGAAAAUAUGGAUUCUUGAAUUCAGAUAUGGCUAUCCAAUUGGUAACAAAUUUUCUGCGAGACCCAAAGGUCCUAGUUAGUGCAAGCUGUCGUUGGAACUGUUAAAUUAUCCUAAUUUAAUAAAUCACUGAAAAAUUCUUUAAAUUCAGCGUCAGUUGGUAAAGUAUACUUUUGAAAAUUGAACGAAUUAACAAUGCUGUAUAUUGUUAUGACCUUGCGUCUCCCAAUUAUUUUGUUUUUGCCAAAAUCCCCGUCGCC